AUGCCAAAUGAAAAUCUAGAGCAUACAGAUACGAUCAAUGUAUUCAAGAUUUCACGUGAAGAUUUAGAGCAUUUGAUGCAGACAUAUCAUCAUGAUGGUUUAAGAGAACUUAAUAGUGAAGCUUUCGGCGGAUUAACUGGUUUAGAGGAAAAACUACAAACCAAUUUUAUAUCAGGUUUAUCAGGUAACCCAAUAGAUUUAUCUCAUCGACAGAAGCUAUUCGGGUGGAAUGAAAUACCUCAAAAAUCCUCGAAAAGUUUUUUUCGUUUAAUGUUUGAAGCGCUUCAAGAUGUUACACUGAUUAUUCUUAUGAUUUGCUCGUUAAUAUCAUUUGGUCUUGCAUUUUAUCGCCCUGACCAUCAAUCGUUUGAAUUUCAAUUGAAAACACAUAAAGAAACAAAUGUCGAAUGGAUAGAAGGUGCGGCUAUUAUUUUUGCUGUGAUUGUUGUUAUAGUUGUUACUGCUUUUAAUGAUUGGAGUAAAGAAAGACAAUUUCGUGGUUUACAAAAGCGUAUCGAACAAGAUCAAACAUUCAACUUGAUUCGAAAUAAUCAAUUAGAACAAGUCAAUUUGAAAGAUAUCGUUGUUGGUGAUGUUUGUCAUAUAAAAUAUGGAGAUUUAUUACCAGCGGAUGGUCUAGUUAUACAAUCAAAUGAUUUAAAAGUCGAUGAGUCUUCUCUGACAGGAGAAUCUGAUCUCAUAUCGAAAAAUCUCCAUAAAAAUCCAUUUCUUCUCUCUGGUACACAUGUAAUGGAAGGUAGCGGUAAAAUGCUGGUUAUAGCAGUGGGCGAACAUAGUCAGACGGGUGCUAUCAGUAGUUUACUGCGUUCGCCAGCUGAAAUAAAAAAUGAACUCACAAAAACACAAAUGUCAGAUGACAAUCAUGUGAACCGAAGGAAACAUAAGGAACGAUCCAUUUUACAAACAAAAUUAACCAAACUAGCCAUUCAGAUCGGUUACGUUGGAAUGAUUGUGGCUUCGUUAACCGUUCUCGUUCUUAUCGUGCGCUUUUCAUGGGAAGAAUUUAUUGUAAAACGUCAACCAUGGCAAAGCAAAUAUUGGAAUCGUUUCAUACGACAUCUCAUCACUGGUAUCACCGUUCUUGUUGUUGCCGUUCCUGAAGGUUUACCAUUAGCCGUGACGAUUUCCCUUGCCUAUGCUGUCAAAAAAAUGAUGUAUGACAAUAAUCUCGUUCGCCAUUUGGAUGCGUGUGAAACGAUGGGAAAUGCGACGACAAUAUGUUCAGAUAAGACCGGAACGUUAACGACCAAUCGUAUGACAGUCGUCGAAGCUUAUCUCGCCGAUAAACAUUGGAAAAAUGUUCACAAUCCAGCUCAAAUCAAAGAAAUGGUUUUACCAGAAAAGAUCAAAGAAAUACUUUUCGAAGGAAUAUCUGUUAAUAGUAGUUAUACGUCAAAAUUAGUAGCACCAUCAGAGAAAGAACUGUUACCGAAACAAGUGGGAAACAAAACUGAGUGUGGUUUAUUGAAUUUUAUUCUUGAUCUGAAUGGAAAUUAUGAAGACAUUCGAAAAAUGCAUCCGGAAGAAGAUUUUCUUCAUGUAUAUACAUUCAAUUCCAUUCGGAAAUUAAUGUCUACAGUUAUUCAACGAACAGAUACAAUACGUUUACAUAUGAAAGGUGCAUCGGAGAUCGUUUUGCAGAAGUGUACAACUAUUUUAGAUCAACACGGAAAUCUUAUUCCGUUAGUAAAAGAUGAUCAUCAUCAUCUUUUACAUAAUGUUAUCGAACCGAUGGCUUCGGAUGGUUUACGAACAAUAUGCAUUGCAUAUAAGGAUUUUACUCAUCCACCAGACGAUUGGAAUGAUGAAACAACCGUGUUUGAAGGGUUAACAUGUGUGUGUAUUUGUGGAAUCGAAGAUCCUGUUCGACCGGAAGUUCGGCAAGCAAUUGAGCAAUGUAAAAAUGCUGGGAUUACCGUUCGAAUGAUUACAGGUGAUAACGUAAAUACAGCACGGUCCAUUGCAUUGAAAUGUGGUAUUAUAACACCUACGGACCCGUUUCUUGUUCUCGAUGGAAAAGAAUUCAAUCGUCGUAUACGUCCGAAUCGCUUCGAAAAUGUUGAUCAAGAUCUCUUUGAUAAAGUAGGUCCACAUUUACGUGUAUUAGCACGAUCGUCACCUCAAGACAAAUAUCUUCUCGUUAAACAUCUCGUUGAAUCGAAGCAUUCGUUCACACGCGAAAUUGUCGCGGUAACAGGUGAUGGAACGAACGAUGGUCCGGCUUUGAAAAAAGCAGAUAUUGGAUUCUCAAUGGGUAUUCAAGGUACAGACGUCGCAAAAGAAGCAUCAGAUAUAAUUUUAAUCGACGAUAAUUUUACUUCGAUUGUUAAAGCAAUCAUGUGGGGAAGAAAUGUAACGGAUUCGAUUUCGAAAUUUCUUCAAUUUCAACUAACAGUCAAUAUCGUUGCGUUAGUCUGUGCAUUUGUUGGUUCAUGUAUUGUUAAAGAAAGUCCACUACGUGCUGUACAAAUGCUUUGGGUGAAUUUGAUUAUGGAUACAUUAGCUUCGUUAGCACUUGCAACCGAUCGACCAACGGAAGAUUUGUUGAAACGAAAACCAACUGGUCGAAACUAUUCGUUGAUAAAUCAUCAAAUCGCAAAAAAUAUUAUUUUACAAGCGAUUUAUCAAUUGACAAUCAUUCUGUUUCUUUUAUUUGCUGGUCCUCGUGCAUUCGAUAUUCAAAAUGGUCAACCAGGUCCGGGUGGUUAUGUUCCGUCUGAACAUUUUACAAUGAUCUUCAAUGCGUUUGUCUUGAUGACAUUAUUCAACGAAAUCAACUGUCGACGAAUUCACGGAGAAAUCAACGUCUUUCGUCAUGUGUUUUCCAAUAAAAUCUUUUGUAGCAUAUGGUUGACGACAUUCAUUUUACAAAUUCUUCUUAUUCAAUAUGGUUCAUUAGUGUUCUCAUGUGUUCAACUGUCGAUUGAUCAAUGGAUGUGGUGUUUUCUAUUUGGCAUAGGCACUUUAUUAUGGAAUCAGGUUAUCAAUCUUUUACCGUCUCCGACAUGUUCAUGCUUUCCUCAAUGGAACAAACAAUCGACCGGCAAUCAGUUCGGCGGUAUGGUCAACAACGCUUAUGAACAUUGUCAUGAACAACAUCUUAUUCGAUCAUCUAUCUCUUGCGAUUUAAAUAGCAGCGAUCAUGACGACAUCAAGAAUUUCCGUGUUCUAUGGUUAAGAAAUAUCACACGAAUUCAAAUACAGCUUCGUGUAAUUCGCGCUUUUCGGAAGCAUCUACUUAUUGGAAUGAAACACAAUGCUAAUCGACAUGAAAAUCCAAUUAAUUUUUCAAUCAUUUAA